CUCCUUUUCCACUUGUUACUGAUUGAACUCUUCUGUGUCUCCUACAGAACAUUUUACCUGAGCAAAACUUCCUACAUUGUGUUCAGAGUGAAGUACGACAGUAAGGCAGCAGCUUUUCCAGAAGCCUAAUGGCCGCAACAAGCUCAUCUCUGAGUGUGUUUGCUCUGCGUCUGGGCCCAGGACAGGAGUUACUCUCCUCUCUGCAGGCAUUUGUGGAGGAGAAGCAGCUCAAAGCACCGUUCAUCAUCACAUGUGUGGGCAGCGUGACAAAGGCAACACUACGGCUGGCCAACGCAACAGCAGACAACACUAAUCAGGUGAUUCAGCGACAGGAACGCUUUGAGAUUGUGUCUCUGGUAGGCACACUAAACCCCGAAGCUCAUUUGCAUAUCUGCCUGGCUGAUAAGGAAGGCCGGACCAUCGGCGGUCAUGUGCUGGGCGACCUGGAAGUGUUCACUACAGCAGAAGUGAUUCUUGGGGAAGCCACUGAUCUGAACUUUACCAGAGAGAUGGACAGCAGGACCGGUUUUCCUGAGCUGGUCAUUCAAAAGCGCCAGGAGCAGACAUAACCCAUUUUAAUGCAAUACUGAGAAUGAUGUGUAUACAGUAUGUUUAGAUAUACUGUAAUUCUAUGUCAUGCAAAAAUCUUCAUUUUAUAUUUGUACUCUUACAUAUCAAGCAUUAACUGAAGAUUUUUAAUGAUUAAAGUUUGGGAAUGGACUCUCAAAAACGAUUUCUCAGAAACAAAUUGAUUGAAAUGAUGAUUAGGCCAUCAGGUGAAAGAGUGAUUGGACGCCAUGAGGCGUUAUGAGCAGUUGGUGCACUUCUCAAAAGAGAGAAAGUGCCCAGAUGAAACAACACAGCAUUACACAAUGUAAUAUUUUAUUACUGCAAUGCAAAAAAAAAGAUGUGGUUGUAUAAUGAGUUGUGUUCAUUCCGAGUUCACCCUCCGGCAAGUCCUAAGCAGAACACAGGUACUUCAAUCAGUACAGCUUAUAAAUCAGCGAGGCUCAUUAAAUGCAUCGGGAAUUAUAAGCUCUUGAUACAUGUCUGUUCAACAUUUCACAAUUAUGU